GCGCCUCGCCUCGCCCGCUGCGGGACCGUUCCCAGGCCGGCCCAAGGCCUGAGCAGGGCGCGAGGGAGCAGCGGGUCCGCGCAGGAGGCCAGGCUGCUGGCCGGGAAGCGGAGCCGGUCCCGCUGACGCGGAGCCUGCGGCUGCUUCCUGCGGGAUCCGAGCAGAGGCUGGAGGUGCGCGGCAGAGCCCUCGCGUCCUUCGGGCGAGAUCGCCGCCCCGCUGCCGGGUGCUGAGCUGCCGACUCGGCUCUCGCGCUGUUUGGGCUUGGAGGCGAGGCGCUGCCGGGGGACGCAGGACAGCCGGAGGCGAGCGGAGCGGACCGUCUGGCAGCAGGUCUACUCAGAAGGAAACCCCUUCAGCAUCAUCCCCAUCGCUGCCUCCAGCAGCGUUGCUUCCAGUUAAGGCUGUUUAGGGUUGUCGUGUGAACUGGUCCAGAUCGGAGCAAUGAGACCUUAACUGUUUUGUAGGAUGUUUCUAAGUGUAUUUAUGGAUCUUUGGUACCCAAGUAAAGUGCCAUUGCAUCAUAGCAAAAUAUUCGUCCUUACGAAUGCAUUUUUCAAAGUAUGGCCUUGUUACUAUUUUCCAUAAUAAUUUCCUACAAUUCCAAUUCUUUUCCAUAAUAACUGCAUCCUAAAACCUAGACACUCCUUAACUGUCAAGUGUUUGCAUCUUGUAAUGGUAAAAAAUGUGUCUUCUGAGACCAACAGAGAUGGAUGGACCUAGGCUUGUAAUUUGACACUUGCCUGGUGGGCUGUGGUGAGUCAAGGUCACCCCCAAUUACCAGGCAGGACAUCAGUGUGUAGUGCAGAUUAUUAAUUUGGAUUUGCAUGAGUAUAGGAGUUCUGUAACAUUUGUGAACUCACUUACAAGGCAGGAUGAUCCCACCCCCCACCCCACAUACAGCAAAUAAUCAAGCCCUCUGUCUGUCUGUCUGUCUGUCUAUGAAAUAAAUGCUUAAUGAAAUUGCAUAAUAUGCAAAGCAAAGAAACCGAGUGGAAAUGGGGAAAAGAGUCUCUUUGGAAUUACCGCUCACCAUUUUCUCCUUUGUAUCUAUGCAGAAAUUCACAGCCUUUCUAGGAAAGGGUUUUUCAUUCAUUCUUUUGCAGUGUCACCAAAGAUGUCCUCCUGCCCUUUUCCAAGAUGAAGCUUUCUGAACUGAACUAAUGUUUGAUUUCUCAGUGGCACAGGGAGCGGGGAAAUUUUGUAAUGAGAAGGAAUUAGUCAGCAUAAAGCAGAUUUUUCUUGAUCUGGAAAGAGAUUGUUCAGGUUGAUCCUGUAUCUCAUGGAUCCUGUAAGUGUCCAGAGAGGUUUGGCUACAUGUGGUAUAGAAAUGCAGUAAAUAGUAUCUUAGAAAUUCCUCCCUUUUCUUUCUUGCAUGGCAGUGGCUCGUCUUGGCACGUGGCCAUGUCCUCCUUCCCAAAAGCAAAGUGAGAGGUGGUGCAGUGUGAUGAUUCAGAAUGUGAGCUGGAAGCUGUCUGUCCAAAGUUUAGCUUGCUCAGUGCUAACCCACUCACCUGGGUAUAAACCCUAUCAAAUUCAAGCUUCUGGAGCAGACUUUUAUAGGAUUGUGCUGUGAACAGCACACUGUUGUUACGUGCUGUCAAGUUGUUUCUGACUUUCCCUAGCACAAUUGUCUUAUCCAAUGAGUCUUGUUUUCUCCUGACAUGCUCCGAGUGUGACAGCCCCAGUUUCAGCAUUGUUGCUUCCAGGGAAAGCUCUGGCCUGAUAUGAUCUAGGACCCAGUCCUUGGUCUUUCUGUCAGUCCAGGGAAUUCGCGAAGCUCUGCCCCAGCACCACGUUUCAGAUACAUCAGUUUCCCCCCCUUGUCAGCUUUCCUCACUGUCAGUGAUCACACCCAGGAUAGAAGGGGCAUUACCAACUCUAACCGCUCCCUUCUGUAAGUUGGGGGAAAUCAUACUGGCCCCCCCAUCUAGCAACCUUUUCAACUUGGUGCUCACUACUCGUACUGGGGGAACACAUCUAGAAAGCACCAUGCUGGGGACGGCUGCUGAAUAUUAAAGAAAACAAAGGCUCUUGUAGUACCUUAAAAAUGAACACAUUUAUUCUGGCAUAAGCUUCUUUGGAUGCUAAUUCAUCCAUGGUAUGAAGUGUUAGCCUCCCAAUUCCAUCCCCACAUCCUGGGGUGGAUGGAAGAGACGUAUAAAUUGUGCUACCUAAGUAAGUCAAAGGAAUUUGCAUCUCUCUUGAACAAAGGAAUUUCAAACACAGAUGCUGAAGUGAAGUUACAGUUCGUCAAGAGGUUCAGCUUGUUUCCUGUGGUAUGAAGAGGACAAACAGGUCUGUUAUUAUUGUUAUUGCACCGCGUAGGUUAGUUGGCUGGUCCUUGCAAUGGUGUUUGUGUUCUUCCCCAACAGUGUUUUGUGAAUGACCAUUGUUAAAGUAAACCUCACUGGCUGCACUUUGUGUCGUUCCCUUCUGGCAACACAGUUCGCUGUUUCCUCUCUCCGCCUGCCAGUACCUGACCUCCAACAGUGUGGGGACCGGUGAGGCAGAGAGAGGGAUCUGAGGUGAACACGUCAUGCCCCUUCUGCGUGGCUUCCCUGGAGAGCCUGUCCCUCCUGGAGCAGACGACCUGGAGACUUAUGUUUCUUGACUUGACUUCAGAGUUAAGAACUUCUUAGCAGCAGUAAUCCUUGGCCAAUAAUAGCCUGUCUUCUGGGUGGCCAGACGAAAAGGAGGACAGAAAGCCUGGCUCUUAGGACGCAUGUGCAGAAGAGAGAAUUUUGACUCAUGCAGCUUCUCAAAGGCCUCAUCUAUACAGAAACUGCAUGGCUUCUAAUGAGAAUCUGAAUCUGGGUAAAGAAACACCAUUGGAAGAUGGAAUGCCCCCUGUCAAAAAGCCUAGGAAGCUGUUGCCGAGCCUGAAGACCAAGAAGCCCCAGGAGCUGGUUCUGGUGAUCGGGACGGGGAUCAGUGCUGCGGUGGCUCCUCAAGUGCCAGCCCUGAAGUCUUGGAAAGGGCUAAUCCAGGCCCUGCUGGAUGCUGCUAUUGACUUUGACCUCCUGGAAGACGAGGAAAGGAGAAAGUUUCAGAAGUGUCUCUGUGACGAUAAGAACCUCAUCCAUGUCGCCCACGACCUUAUCCAGAAGCUGUCACCACGCACAAGCAAUGUCCGUUCUACCUUUUUCAAAGACUGCUUGUAUGAGGUCUUUGAUGACUUGGAAUCUAAAAUGGAAGACACUGGGAAACUGCUCCUUCAGUCGGUGCUUCAUUUGAUGGAGAACGGCGCCCUCGUCCUGACCACAAACUUUGACAACCUGCUGGAAAUUUAUGCAGCAGAUCAAGGGAAGCAGCUUGAGUCUCUGGACCUUACAGAUGAGAAGAAGGUGCUGGAAUGGGCACAGGAGAAAAGGAAGCUGAGUGUCCUACAUAUUCAUGGUGUGUACACAAAUCCCAGUGGAAUAGUGCUGCAUCCAGCCGGCUACCAGAACGUGCUACGCAACACCGAAGUAAUGCGGGAGAUCCAAAAGUUGUAUGAAGCCAAAUCAUUCUUGUUCCUGGGCUGCGGCAGGACUGUGGAUGAUACAACCUUCCAGGCUCUCUUCCUAGAAGCUGUGAAGCACAAAUCCGACCUGGAGCAUUUUAUGCUCGUGCGCCGGGGGGAUGUGGACGAGUUUAAGAAGCUCCGGGAAAACAUGCUGGACAAAGGGAUUAAAGUCAUCUCCUAUGGGAACGAAUAUGCAGAUUUACCUGAAUAUUUUGAGAGGCUGGCAAAUGAGAUCUCCAACCGGGGCAGAGCAGGUCUACCUUGGGAGGGGCAACUAAAUGGCACAACUGCUGCACACUCUGAAAUCAAAGCUACGGAACUGACUUAAUAUUCGAACCCCCUUGGAAGACGAGCAUUGCUAACCAGCAGCUACCACUCGAGACUGAAAUUGUAAUCUCUCGCAUGUGAGAACAAAGUAAAAGGCAUCCAGGCGACCAUGGAGGAUCCCUUAGAAAACAUGGCAAACAUCUCCCGAUCUCAGAACUGCAGUGAGCAGUGUCAAGGUGGUUGUUGCUCAGCUAGGGAAAUAGCAGAGCCCGGAAAAGAAAACGUAGCGCCGAUUUCAGUAGCGUUACUUCUGGAGUGGCAGGGGCGAAUCUGACAAUUUAUCCUAAGGCCUUUUUUUGCUUUUUAAAGGGAAUAUCACAAUCAAGUCCGCACAGGGAAGAACUCUUUAAAAUGUGAAAGUGGGGAGGCUUGGAAGCUAACUUUUAUCAUUCAGAAAAGCAGAGAAAAUCCCUGCCGUGUGUGUAUAGCUAGCAACUAAGGCCGCAUCCAGAUAUUAUUCCAGAUUAGAAAAUGCUGUCCUUCCGGGUUUAGGGACAGAGCGCUGGUGAUUUUUGUGCUUCCUGUCCUUUCUCCUUGGUGUAUCCUUCCCUUCAGGGAGAGGUGCCCAAUCUGUUUCUGCAUCAGGAGCCCAGAGGCGAGGGGCCACUUCUCCAGAGGCAGCGACUGAGUCUGCAGAAUGAAUAUUCAGGCAUCAGUUGCGCCAUGACUCUCCAUUACCCAUCACUCCCUUGCAAGGGGGACUCUCUUGAAGCUACUGUAGAACGCUGCUCCACAAGCUUCUUAAUGAAGUGGUAGAAGCCAUUCUGACUUUCGAAGAGGUGGUUAAUACAAGGGACGGUUCACCUUCUGGUGAAUGAGCUUGACUGUGUGCCUUGUCCAGCUUCCCAAGAGCUAUUUUGUCAGCCAAUCCCCAUUUUCAUCAGCUGUUCUGUUACCAACCCUCUGCAGCUGUCUGUGGGUUCUGUUAGGCCAGUUUUCAAAGUAUCAGCCUAAAAGUCAUCUGUAUGUGGGGUGCAGCGGCCAACAGCAGAAGACGCUCCCUUAGAGGAACUGCACCACAGAGAUCCUUGAGGUGAAUACUUCUGCUGACAACUGUAACCAAGAUGCUGGCAGCUCCUAGGAACUCCACUGCAACUCUCAAAUUUGCUUGUGGAAGAAAAAGAAUUGAAACCUUACCUUCUUGGAAGUGCCCUGCCAAGUCUUCCUUUGCUGCUGCCCUGACAUGUGAAACUUUAAAAAUAUGACUUGACACAAACAUUCUUGGACCUUUUGGAUCUGAGCAUGAAGACUUGUUCUCAAUAGUGUCUUUUUUUUCUAUUAAUCUUGUGUCUGCAAGGAGAUGCAUCCUCUCCCAACUGGGAGGAAGAACUUGCUACUAGUGCUUAGAUAUGCUGUAAGGGUUUUGACACAAGCAUUUUCAACUACUUGAAACUCUAGUUUUCUAAGUCCUUUCUUUAUACACCAUGUUUUAUAUGUCCUAAACUGUAAUAAAAAUGUUGCUCACUUGUCA